AUGGACGGAGGCCCGUUCGACGAUCCGAUCUUCUCCGAUUUCGGCGGCAGAGGUGGUACAGGUGUUCACAGCAUCCAGGUGAUGUUGGGUCUGCACGGUGGCCACCACGGCGGCGAUCUCAUGCCCACCGGCGGUCACCUCCACAAAUUGGACUCCUCGAAUAGCCCACCGCCUCAUCACCAGGCCUCCCAUCAUCAUCUGCAGCAACAGCAACAGCAAAAGGAAUUGAAAGAGCUCGAAUUGGCCGGAAUGUACGCGCCGCUUCCCCAAACCCAGGAUGUCACCACCUCGACGUCGAACGCUGCGACGCCGACCUCGACGACCCUCCAGCAGGGUCUCCAAUUGGGCAAUCCGUUAAAGAGAAAACCGGAGGAUCCGAUGAACAGUCUAGCGCCAGUCAGCAGCGAGGCACAGCCAGCCAAGAAAGACUCCAAGAAAAAGACUGACAAUAAUGGGAUAAAGAAGAAGAAAACUAGAACCACAUUCACCGCCUAUCAGUUGGACGAACUGGAAAAAGCGUUCGAGCGUGCACCGUAUCCGGACGUGUUCGCACGCGAGGAACUCGCCGUGAAACUGGCUCUCUCGGAGUCCAGGGUUCAGGUUUGGUUCCAAAAUCGUCGUGCAAAAUGGCGAAAGAGGGAACCACCGCGUAAAACUGCCGGUUACAUGGCCGCUGGCUCGGCCAGUCCUGGCUUAUCAGGUUCUUUUACUUCCCUGAACAACACACUGAACCCGUUCGCGUCCCCAACAACGGCAACAGCACCGCCGGACGCCUGGGCGUAUUCGCCGGCGUACGAUCUAGCGCCGCAUUUGAAUUUACUGAGUCCAUCGAAUUCACCCUACUCGACCUCCUUCGGUGGACCAAGCAACAACGGAUCCGCGUACUCGUACGCGACCAUGCUGCCGCAGCACGACGCCUCGUUGUUCUCGACCCCGUCAGGCAACACGAUGCGCGUUCAUCAGGACUAUAUGAACGCCAGCAACAGUCCACCGCCUCCGUUGACACGCAACGAUUACCAAACGAUGGUGGCCGCUCACUCGCCGCCCACACACCUGGCGAAUUCGAUGUCCGAAGAGGACCAUCAGCAGAACAAGCAAUUGGACUACGUUAGCGGGCUGAGUCCACCGGAUAAGUAUCAGCACGAACAGCCCGAUUACACGCAGCAACAGCAACAACAACAACAACAAUCCCAACAGGAUCAGAAGCAGGAUUACGGUAUGCACUCGCCGCAAGGACGUCAAGGAAUGAAGGAUCAAGUGAUGGUGAAGAGUGAACCAGCCAGCCAACAGAACUAUGUCCAGCUGCCUCCUUUUCUGAACUGACUCGAAACCUCCGUUCCAGACUUGUUUUAGAAGAGCUUCGUCCCUCUGCGAAGACGUUCGAGGACUAAACGCCUGGUCUGGAACACGGGUUGGAGAUAACGGUCGAGUCUUGUAUAUAUAAAAGUCCUCUGAUUCGCAACGGUUUCGGUUUAAAUCCCCGAUUAGGACAAACGUGUAAUCACGGAGUGGAAAUCUACUCCUGUAAUAUAGGCUUCCCAGGAAGGCAUACAGCUUCAUACCAAUUGAAAGUUUUCUUACUAAUAUAAAGCGUCUGUAAAAAGAAUUUUUUAAUUAGCAAACCAGG